CUCGUACUUGACUUAUAAUGGGUAGAUGCAAUGUACGGUAACCAUCAUCAUGCUGCGGCCGUCGACAAAUGGAUACGUGUGGUGCUUACGUGAUGCGCUUUACGAGGACAAUUCCGACUCAUUCAACAACACGCUUCUCAUCAACAGUACCUUUACAGGGAUGGCCUUUAACAUAUUUUAUCCGUUCAUUUAUUUGACAUACCUUUCCUUUCAGUUUGCGAGGUUCUUUUCAAUACGCCUCUUCCGACUAGUAAUGGCACCCGUGAGGGGAAAGCCCGACCUCGCGUCAAAUGCGUGCUAUUCGUGCAAGACGAAGAAACGGCGUUGCGAUAAGAAGCUUCCACGAUGUCUUGAGUGCACAAAGAAAAAGCGGCGCUGCAACUAUGACUAUGUUAACAAGAUCUCACCCAUCAACUCUGAGCAGUCAGAUUCCUUUGAGGAAAACUACCUCUCAGUUCAAUCAAUAAUCUGCCCACCAAAUCCAUACACUCUUCCGCCUUCCACCUUUCCAGCCUUGUAUUUUGUCGAUCCAUCCGUCUUUCACAAUCAUCAUGUCGAGCUGCCCAGAGCGAGCAUACCGAGCUAUGUUGCCGGAGAACUCGGGAGCAACCAGCAGCAGGAGCAAAUCGGCCGCCUCUUCUUUCAUACGAUUCAUUCCUGGUUCCCCAUGGUUUCCCGAAAACGCUUUUAUGACGACUUGCACGUAUCCGCUGAAGGUUUCAGUCCUGCUGGGGACUUGGGCUUCUUGUUGUUAGCCAUGAAACUGAUGACAUGGCGCCCUCCUUCAUCAGAAGGUGACGCUCCUGUUGUGGAUCCGACAGCCAGAACAGCAACUUAUCGCGCAGCAAAACAGUUCGGUUUCGAACUUGAAACGGCUGGGGUGAUUUCUCUUCGUGUUCUUCAGGGGAUGAUUUUGGUGGCACUCUACGAGAUCGGGCACGCAAUCUAUCCUGCUGCAUUCAUGUCUGUAGCGGCGAGUGUACGGUACGCACAUGGUUUAGGGAUACAACCUGGAGGAAUGCAGAGGUUGAAGCUACCACUAUCGUGGGUGGAAGAAGAAGAACGGAAAAGGGUGUGGUGGUCUGCGUUUCUACUGGAUCGACUCUCUGGCAUGACUUGUCCAGGUUGUCCAGCUGCGAUUGACGAACCCAGACCAGAGGAUCCUCUACCCACAGACGAUGCGCUCUGGGACGAAGGAGCUACGAAAGUGCCGUUUUCACCCUUGCUAAAAAAUCCCGUCAGCAUGGAGUUUGGGAGGUUUGCAUUGUUAAUACAGGCCUUCGUGCUAUUAUCCAAAGUGUUGCGGCUCAUGUCCUCGCGAGAUGAGCAAUCACACCUUCUAAAAGACGAGGCACAGCAGUUGGAACGCACAGUCAAGGCACUGCUUUACUUUGGACAGAUGGAGUGCAAAUCGCGAAACGGGGUGCCAAGCUGUGAGCUUCACUCGAUCUCCCAUAUCUCUUUGAUCACAAUGUACACCUCCCCAAAGAUUCCUGUUGAGAUGCCAGAUAAUUUUAUAGAGCCUCUUGCGGACGUCUUGGACAGUUCCAAUUACGAACACAUGAUUUUAUACCUAACAUCCGUCCAACUCUUGAAGAGAGAACGUCCAACAAACGGAGACUGGAGCGGAACACGCGUAGAGAAGCUCAAGACCGCGCUAAUGUGGCUGGACAAGAGGUGGCAGCUCUCAGGAGUUUUUCAUCAGGCGCUAGAAGCCCAGCAAAUCGCCUUGUCGAGAGAGACUUGAAUUGUUGAUUAGUUGACGGAGUGGUGCGACGCUGACGGGAUAUUCCUGCUGCUUACCAAUUCCUGCACCUGGGCGAUAUAGCGAGGACAUUCGGAGUGUAUAUAUUCUAAUCACCGGACAUAGUUGCACAGUUAUAAUACACUACUAUUUCAAAUAAAUACGAGAACUAGGACGGCGCGUGGAC